GUUACUACAUGUGUACUCUUCCAUUACAAAAUUUAUUGUCACACUGAGAGAAGAAAUAUAAAGUCGACCGCCCCUCUGUCGGCAUUGCAUGUGUUAAGAAGGAGCGAUUCUUGGGGAUUAGAACCUGUCAAUUCCUUCAGCUAAUUAAAGACUUUGGGCAUAGAAGCAUCAAUCAACGUUAUGUCAUCCUGUUCCUAGAUUACAUCGAACCCCCUGUUGAAAAAAUCACACACAGAAGACCUUCUCCGAAUGCUUACAGUGAAGGCGAUGAUUUACACAUAUUUACAGACGCUGUGUCCAGUAGUAUUUGUUGUCAUGAUUUUGGUGUCGAAUCCUAUAGAUGGAAACCAUCAAGGUUGGUUGUCCCAGGCAACGUGCCCUUGCAAACCAGCAGGGACACUAGCAAGAACUGUUUUGAAACUUUAUAGAGGACUUUUUGUGAAGCCAACGGAAGUGUACGACCUUCCGGUUAUAAAGCCAGUUGGAGGUAGGAGUGAGACUCAAGGGAAUUUAACAACAUAUACUGUUCACACAGUAACAAGCAAAGAAAAGAAAAUACCCUCUUGUUGUAAUACGGAGUAUGCAUUCGAAAUAUUUAACAAAACUGACUUCAACAAAAGAAUUUUGAAAGUGGUUCAUUUUCAAAACGCCUAUCAGUUUGUUCCCACUGGAAUAUGUCCGCCAAAGACAAAGUGUGGACAAGGAGAUUGCAUACAGAGAUACCGCCACCACUGGCUUCUUGUCUGGGACGAUACAUUACAGCAUUACCCCCCUGUGACAUUUAUUCCGGUAGAAAUCCCCUCUCAUUGUGAAUGUGCCAAUGUCGGAUCCUAAAGUAGAUGUAAAAUGGUUCGACAAUAUUUAGUGAGAGAGUGUUUCGUUUGCCUUAAAUUAUUUUCACCGUCAAUGGCAUUAGAAUUCAUGAGGAGUCUUUGUUCUUCUUAUAACUGGCUCGAUUUCAUGUAUCAGUGUUAUAAAACAGUGGAUAUUUGCAAAAAAACAUGUUUAAUUUUAUAGAUGUAUGUGUAAUUUUGUGUUCUUUUUUACGGACAGUAAACCCGGUGUUCUAUAUUUUUGCUUAAUUAUAAAAACAUGUUAUAU